AAGCAGUUGUGUAGCGCCUAUCCGACUUCAGACCCGUGAGAUGUCUGCAUUAGCGGGAUUUGAUGCAGCUGAUUUUGUUAAAUUCGGUCGCAAAACCGUGUGUGUUGGAAGAAAUUACGCCGAACAUGCGAAGGAACUAAACAAUGCGGUGCCAGACACUCCGUUGUUGUUCUUAAAGCCACCCAGCGCAUAUCUACCCCACUGGAGCGCAGAACCUAUUCGAAUCCCUAAAGGAGCCACCGUCCACCAUGAAGUGGAGUUAGGGGUGGUGAUUGGGCAGGGCGGCACCGAUAUAAAUGAGAAAUGGGCUAUGCAGCAUGUCGCGGGCUACUGUUUAGCACUGGACUUAACGGCGAGAGAUAUUCAGGAGGCAGCGAAAAAGAAGGGGACUCCCUGGACAGUUGCUAAAGGAUAUGACACGUUCACGCCAAUUGGAGGCUUCAUUCCUAAAUCAGAGAUCUCGGACCCUCACAAUGUACGACUCUGGUGUAAAGUGGAUGGAGUGAUGAAGCAGGAUGGGAACACUGAAGACAUGAUUUUCUCCAUUGAACACCUAAUUAGCCAUAUAAGCUCGAUUAUGACACUGGAGAAGGGUGAUGUGAUUCUCACUGGCACUCCCGCGGGUGUCGGACCUAUUCUGCCUGGACAGGAUAUCGAGUGUGGCUUGACCGAGGACGACAAGUACACAAUGAUGUUUACUGCCGUGGAGAGAUAGUGAGCGAUUAAAAUAUAGGCUCGCUUUCUCCAAUCCCCCCCCCCUAUUAUUAGUUGGUUUAAUUUUUGGUAUGAAAUGAUAAUGGGCGCAAGUAGACAAUGAUACCCACUUGAGUGAUUCGAUAGGUAUCAGCAUCAAAACGUAUGACAGAACAUAAAGAAGGUAUAUCGAAG